AUGUCGGCUGCCGAAAUUCUUGUCCCUGCAAAAUUUGUAAGUCAAAUGGUCUAAUUAAUUAUAACAUCUGUUAUUUAUCAAUCCUAGGUAUCAAAAUUAUGCAAUUUUAGUAUGAAAAUUUGCUCAAUUUUCCAAAUGAUCAAUUAGCUGAAUCAUCGUAAUUUCAUUGUUAUUAAAUAAAGCUUAUAAGCUGGUGUCACACUCUCAGUCAUAUUUCUAGCUGUUGAAAUGAUAAUUCUAGCCACAGGAUGGACAAUGAAUUUUGAAAAAACAAUGUUAAUAUGUAAGAAAAUAACAUUAAUUUUAUCUAGAAAUAUUAUUACAUUCUCUUGGUUCUGUAAUUUUAGCAUGGUUUAUAUUGGAUUCUUGGGACUAUAAUUAUAUUUGGGCUAUUUUUAGUUUAUUUUGCUUACUGCCUCUACUUUUAGAAUGUAGUACUAUCGCAAAUGCAAUAUUAUUUCGUAGAUCAAUCAUUCGUACAAAAAGUUGA